CUCGGUCUCUGAGGGCGGCCCGCUGCCCGCCGCGCCCGGCCGCUCGCCAUGGGCAAGGACCAGGAGCUGAUGCAGGCGGUGAAGGCGGAGGACGUGGGCACGGUGCAGAAGCUGCUGCAGCGGCCCAAGCCCGGCAAAGCCAAGCUCCUCGGGUCCGCAAAGAAAGUCAAUGUCAACUUCCAAGACACUGAUGGGUUCUCGGCGCUGCACCACGCUGCUCUCAAUGGGAACACAGAGCUCAUCUCACUGCUGCUGGAGGCCCAGGCUGCUGUGGACAUCAAGGACAAUAAAGGGAUGCGGCCCCUGCACUAUGCCGCCUGGCAAGGCAAGAAGGAGCCCAUGAAAAUGGUGCUGAAAGCCGGGUCGGCCGUGAACGUCCAGUCAGACGAAGGGCAGAUCCCCCUGCACCUGGCGGCGCAGCACGGGCACUAUGACGUGUCGGAGAUGCUGCUCCAGCACCAAUCCAAUCCGUGCAUCGUGGACAAUUGCGGGAAGACGCCCCUGGACUUGGCGUGUGAGUUUGGCCGGGUCGGGGUAGUCCAGCUGCUCCUGAGUAGCAACAUGUGCACAGCCCUGCUGGAGCCCAAGCCAGGAGACGCCACCGACCCCAACGGCACCAGCCCCCUGCACCUGGCAGCCAAGAACGGGCACAUCGACAUCAUCAGGCUCCUGCUGCAGGCUGGCAUUGACAUCAACCGGCAAACCAAGGCAGGCACGGCCCUGCAUGAGGCAGCCCUGUGUGGAAAGACGGACGUGGUGCGCCUCCUGCUGGACAGCGGGAUCAACGCUCACAUCCGGAACACGUACAGCCAGACAGCGCUGGACAUCGUCCACCAGUUUACUGCCACCCAAGCCAGCAAGGAGAUCAAACAGAUGCUGCGGGAUGCCUCGGCGGCACUGCAGGUCAGGGCUGUUAAAGAUUAUUGCAACAACUACGACCUGACCAGCCUGAAUGUGAAAGCCGGAGACGUCAUCACCGUUCUGGAGCAGCAUGCGGACGGCAGGUGGAAGGGCUGUAUCCAUGACAACCGGACCGGCAAUGACCGCGUGGGCUAUUUCCCGUCCAGCCUGGUGGAAGCGAUCAGCAAGCGCACAGCAGGUCCGUGGGGCGCAGUCACCAUUCCCCACCACUACCAAAAGAUCCCGCUCCCAGCGCCUAGGGUGGCUGUGCUUAACGGUGACUCCUCGUCCCAUCCGUUCCAUUUCUUGCCUCCACCUCCACCUCCUCCACCACAUUCCCAUCAGCCUCUUUUCAGUUCCUUUGGCUAUCACAGGCUCUCCCAUAGCGCUGCAGAGGAGCUGCCUUAUGGACCAGGUUCCCGGGGUUCCGACAGCCCGUCGCAUCUGUCGCCAUCGCAGGGCGGAUCUGCUGCCACGCCGGCUCCAGUGGAAGAGAUCUGGGUGCUGCGCAAACCCUUUGCAGGUGGGGACCGCAGCAGCCUGGGGAGCACAGGAAGCGUGGCCAGUGCCCGGAGCUCGGGGAGCGGGCAGAGUACAGGAAGUGGCAGCCAUGCCCUGCAUGCUGGCUCCGAAGGGGUCAAGCUGCUGGCGACGGUCCUGUCCCAGAAGGCGUCGGUGCAAGAGUCUGUGGUGGGUGAUGGGCCGGGCAAGGCCCUGGAGGCUGCUGCAGGGUCAUCUCGGACUCAGAGCCUGGCCAGCUCAACCUACGCCGGGCAGCCACCCGCCGAGCAGCAGCUGAAGAAGAUCGAGCCAAUGUCAGAAGGGAAGAGCUCCGAGGCCGUGUACCAGUGGCUCUGCAAGUUCCAGCUGCAGCUGUACGCAGCCAACUUCAUCAACGCCGGGUACGACAUCCCCACCAUCAGCCGCAUGACGCCAGAGGACCUCACUGCCAUCGGCGUGACGAAACCUGGACACAGGAAGAAGAUCACCUCGGAGAUCAACAGCCUGAACAUCCCCGAGUGGCUUCCGGAGUACAAGCCGGCCAACCUGGCUCUCUGGCUCUCCAUGAUCGGCCUGGCCCAGUACUACAAAGUCCUGGUGGAGAACGGCUACGAGAACAUUGACUUCAUCACGGACAUCACGUGGGAGGAUCUGCAGGAGAUCGGGAUCACGAAGCUGGGCCACCAGAAGAAGCUGAUGCUGGCAGUGAAGAAGCUGGCAGAAAUCCAGAAGGCUGAGUACGUCAAGUACGAGUCAGGGACCCUGAAGAAGAAGGCACCCCAGUCUCUGGACGUGCUGGCCAUCGAGUCCCCCCAGCAGGAGAACGCCGAGUGCCAGUCUCCCAAGAUGACCACCUUCCAGGACAGCGAGCUGAGCAAUGAGCUGCAGGUGGCCCUCACGGGCACGGGCGAGGCAUCCGAGGGCCAGGAGAAGCAGGCGAACCAUGUGGCACAUAUCCGGGACGGAGCAGGCUACCGGGGCCCCUCCUCCAGGCAUGUGCAUGAGAACAGCCUGAGCGGUCGGGCCAAGCACAUAAGCAGCUCCCAGGAGCUGCUGGGGGACGGGCCCAAGGGGCCGAGCGCAGCCAUGUCCAAGAGCCAGGAGUUCCUGACGGAGGAGGUGAAGGAGGGGCCCCCCAGCAUGCCCAAGGAGAUCAGGCCCGCACGGCAUGGGCACCCUGUCAAGAGAGCCAGCGUGCCCCCAGUGCCAGGCAAGCCCAGGCAGUCAUUCCCCCCGGCCGGAGGGCGCUUCACCCCACCGCAGACGCCCACCAAACCACGGCCAUCCUCGCCCCAGACGCUCAUCGUGCCCCACGCCACGGCCAAGGUCAAGCCCACGCCACAGCUCCUCCAGCAGGCUGACCGCCCCAUGUCACCCCGGUCCCUGCCUCAGUCCCCCACCCACAGGGGCUUUGCCUAUGUCAUGCCGCAGCCCGUGGAGGGCGAAAGCCUCGCUGGGCACCCACUGGGCCCCGUGGCACAAGGAGUCCCAGUCCUGCCGGUCUCAGUGCCCGUGCUCUGCCUGCCGCCGCAGAAUGGGGAGGCAGAGGAGGAGCUGGGCAGGCCGAAGAAGCGUGCGCACAGCCUGAACCGAUAUGCAAUGUCCGACAGCGAGCAGGAGCGGGACGAGCUGCUGGUGCCGGAUGCCGGGCCCUAUGCCACAGUGCAGCGGCGGGUGGGCAGGAGCCAUUCAGUGCGGGCACAGUCGGGUGGAGACAAGAACGUCAACCGCAGCCAAUCUUUUGCUGUCAGGCCCAAGAAGAAGGGGCCGCCCCCGCCGCCCCCCAAGCGCUCCAGCUCCGCCAUCUCCAGCACCAACAUGGCCGACGACUUCAGCAAGGAGGGGGAAGGGGACGCGCCUGGCGGGGAGGAUGAGGAGGCGCAGGAGAGUUACCGGGAGCAGCGGCGCGCGAGCGAUGUGGGGGGCAGCGUGGACACAGGCAGUGCGGGCAGCGUGAAGAGCAUCGCCGCCAUGCUGGAGAUGUCCUCUAUUGGGGGGGGUGCCCGGGCGCUGGCCCUGCAGAAGCCUCACCCAGGAGGAGGAGGGAAAGGACCCGAAGGCUACUACCUGCACCCUGCUGGUGCCAUGCACCUGGCCAGCCCAGAGCAUUCCCGCGUAGCCGCCGUCCUGGCCACUGUGAAGCACAAAGACGCCAUCGGCCUGGAUGGGGAGGUGGUGAACCGGCGCAGGACCAUCAGCGGCCCCGUGACCGGCCUCAUUGCGGCCGUCCGAAGGGAGCGCUCUGACAGCAUCAGGUCGGACACGGGCAAGGACGGCGGCCUGGUGGAGCGGCUACGGGCGGAGCAUGGGGGCUCCCCCCAGAACAGCUCGGCCGAGAACAUUCCCUUUGCCGAGGAAGGGAACCUGACCAUCAAGCAGCGGCCCCGGCAGAUGGGGCUGGCCAAGGGCGAGGCAGGGGAGGGGCUGUCGCCUGCUCACCGGCAUGGGGACUUGGCCAAGGUGGAGGCCAGCGCCACGCUCAAGAGGAGGAUCCGAGCCAAACAGAGCCAGCAGGACAGCGUCAAGUUCAUCCUGACUGAGUCGGACACGGUCAAGCGACGGCCCAAGUCCAAAGACAAGGAGCAGGGGCUGGAGCCAGCCCCCCUCUCCAUCUACCAGAACGGCACCGGCACCAUCAAGCGGAGGCCGGCGUCUGAGAUGAGCGGCGCGGAGACGCCCCCGCUGGGCCCUGCUGCAGGCAACAGGCAGGACAGGCUGGAACAUGUGCCGCAGGCUGUGGGCGGGGAGCCCAAAAAGCCCUUCAAGCCGCCGGUCUCUCCCAAGCCCGUGUUAACCCCACAAGCACAGAAGGUCCCCGGGCUGCCCACACCCACUUCCAAAAAGGCACCGAUCCCCAGCCCCGGCAGCCCAGAGGUGAAGCGAGUCCAUGGCACCCCACCUCCGGUGUCGCCCAAGCCCCCACCACCCCCGACGGCACCCAAGCCCCCCAAGCCCCACGCUGCCAUUCAGUCAGUGAGCGCGGGCUCCACGCCCACCCCAUCCCCUGCCAAGCAGCUCACCACCACGAUCAAGCCUUCAAGCACACCGCCUUCGCUCUGCUCGAGCCCCGCCAAGCCCUUGUCACCCGGCGGGCAGCCCCAGCAGGUGCCCGUCAAGCCGCCGCGCUCCUCCAUUGCCGGGCCCUCGAUGGAGAGUGCCAGCCCCGAGAUGGCACACCAGAAGCUGGAGGAGACCAGCGCCUCGCUGGCAGCUGCCCUGCAGGCCGUGGAGGAGAAGAUCAAGCAGGAGGACGGGCAGGCAGCAGACUCUGCCACAGAGGCGAAGAGCACAGUCAGCAUCCUGGACGACAUCGGCAGCAUGUUCGACGACCUGGCCGACCAGCUGGACGCCAUGCUGGAAUGAGGCCCGAGGAGAACCCCAGCUAACCUCAGGAUUUACCGUGGGUACAAGGGCACAAUGAUCCCAGCCCCCUCCCUGCCCCUUGUACAGCCUGUCCGCCCUCGGCGACUAGCCCAUCCUUCGGGUUUGCACAAAGAAGAAAAGAUUACCUCAGGAUUGUGCUCACACAGACCGCGGCCUGCGGCGCUUGGGGCAGGCUUUUGGCGGGAGUGGGUUUGCAGAAGCAAAAAAACAAAAAGCCCUGUUAUGGUUUUUUCCCUAUCUAAAUAGCAAGCGACCGUGGGAUAAGGGUGCCCGUAAUGCCAUCGAACCCCAACUGCCAGGCCAAGAACACAGUGGGGUGGGGCUCGUCCCCUGACUCGCCUCUCCAGGCCAAACCCGAGCUCCAGCGAGAACGGUUCUGUUCCGGUUGUGCCGUCUAGCUGAACUUCCACCUUUUUAGUUUGAACUGAUCGUCCUCUCUCUCUCACCGGACUCCCAGAUGUGACAACUCUGUGUGUAGCCAAACGUGGCCCGAAUCAGUAUUGAUCCAUCGGCUUUCCUCUCCGUUCGGUUUGGGUUAGACUCUUGUUCUGGUGACGCCGUGUUGCUAUCGUGUCUCGACCGAGCACUGCCAUUAUCCCGUGUGCCGCCGUCUGCGUUCCCAUGCCCCUGUCUGCUGAUGUUGGGAGAUGCUAGGAGUGGUGGGCCGGGGCCGCCCGCUGUGGGUGCCAGGAUGGGGGCUUGCCCGCUGGCGUUCGGUUAGCUGCAUGCUUUGUUUUAUUCGGAAGGUGUUUGUUUGUUUGUUCUUUCCUGGUGCUGAGAAGCUGUGACCGUGAGACGUUGUUCUGGUGACAAGUCCGGUUUGACCAAUUAGCUCUUUCAUUUUUAAAAAUGAUUAUUUUUUCUGUGUUCUGGUUAUUUUGGGGGCCGUCUUGCUGGGGAAGCAGCGCUCUGCGCUGGCACCGUGAGAAAGCUUUGUAGGUUUGCAUGCUUGAGACAGUGUUAUGACAAGAAAAGAAAAAUAUAGAAAAGACCCCCCACCCACGUACCAAUCCCUCCUGGGGCGGCUCCUGGCGGCUCCCAAGGAGGUGGUUCCCGGGUGGCUUUCACUGCACAGAAAAGGCUGUUGGAAAUCUGAGCACAGCCCCAUCACCUGCCCCGUUCUCCACUCACAACCGCUUGGCUUCCAAAGAUUUUGUCCUUGACUUGGACUAUUCAGCCUUUAAUGCCCAUCCUCAUCCAGCUCCUCUGCUGGAGCGACAGCCAGUCGCAGCUUGGCCGCAGGGGCCUGGCUGUGCUUGGUGGACGCCUGUGGCAGCAGGCUGGGGGCCCCGGAGGGAGGCCUCCAUUGAAAGGGAUGCUUGUGUGCAUUCGGCCCCAAUGGUGGGGUGUCCCUGGAGCAGAGGGGCAAGUGGGGAUCUGGGGCUCACCCUUUGGGGAUGGUGUGAGCUGGGCUGUGGAGGGGGUGAGCAGUGGUAGGCCUGGAAAGCUGUGCUGGGGGCGGGGCAAAGAAUCCUCCUGCAGAUGCUGCUUGAGGGCAGGGGCUCUGAUGGCAGGAGCCUAGGGGGUGGUCAGUGCUCUGAGGGCCGUGGGCGCCAGCCUGUGGGUAUUCAGAGCCAGGGAUGGGGCUGCAGCACCCCUCAUACAAGCACAAUACAGGAGUCCCUAGUGAUGGAUUCCCAAGUGGCCGGUCAGGCCUCACUGCUCCAGUGCGGCUGCUCCUUCCCCCCACCAGCCCAGAGGGCAGGGCUGGGGCAGUGCUAAUGCCCCUGGAGCAGAGGGAGCUCAGGGAACAAAUCCCUUUCCUUGUCCCAGUCAGCCCUGCAUGGGGGGCCAGCAGCAUUUCCUGGGACUGCUCUGUUACGUCCCCCACCCUGCGCCCCAGCCCUGCCUGCCCUCCGGGAGACCAGCUUGUGUCAGACGUGACCUUGGAGAGCCGCAGUAGCUAACAUGUGCAUAACCCCGUAGCACGCAGCCUGGGCAGGUUAGCCUCACGGCUAAGCCCUGCUGGAACGACAGGUGUGGCCGACAGUUCCUCCCUGGGCCACUUACUGACAGAGCAGGUGCCGCACCCUGCUGGUUAAUCCCACUGCUCCGGGCGGUGUUCUGAACACCCCGCCGUCCGUGGGGAGCCCAGCCCUGGGUGGGAGCCGCUCUCCCUAGAAAUGUGCUGCCAGUUUCCAGUCCAGGCCCAUGAGCUCCUGCUAGUCCAGUGUCCCUCCUCAGCGAGGGGCCAGUUCCAGAUGCAGCAGAGACGGGUGGAUGUAAGAAUGCCGCAGUGGCAGAUGUAGUAUAAUUCCCCUCCGCUUUCAUUAGGCCUCCUCCUGGUCUCUUAGGGCUUGUCUGCAGGGCACUGCCGGGAAUUAUAGAGCUGAAAGGAAGGGGCAGCAGGUUUAAAACAAACAGAAGGAAGGACUUCUUCACACAACACACCGUUAACCUGUGGAACUCAUUGCCAGAGGAUGUGGUGAAGCCAAAGUACACUGGCUUCCAAAAAAAAUUAGAUCAGUUCAUGGAGGAUUGGUCCUUUGAUGGCUGGACAGCAGGGAGUGGAUCACUCAAUAAUUGCCCUGUUCUCUUCAUUCCCUCUGAACCAUCUGGUGCCAGCCACUGCCAGAAGACAGGACACUGGGGCUGGAUGGACCAUUGGUCUGAGCCAGCGUGGCCGUUAGGUUACAAUGCACUGUGUAUCUUUUAGCUCAUGCCAGCCGAUCUACAGGGGGCAGUUAGAGUGCUCAACCAUUCCCACCCCUCUGGCUUGCACCGCAGGGCCAUGGAGACAAGCCCUACCCAUGAGCAUUUGGCUACAGCCCUGGCGCGGGAGAUUUAAUGUCCCUGCCCAUGCGUGUGUCGCCGUUAGUUACGCUAAAUCCGGUUCUGCUGGAUUCCCUCUAGAAAUGUCUAGUCCCUUUUCAAGUCUCCAAGGGGCAGGUGAGCCAUGCGCUGCGAUGCUGGCCCAAGGGACUGGGGGUGGGGGGGCAUGUCUGGGAAAUCCCAAACUAUUCAUCGGUUUCUAAAGUCUCAAUGUCCUGCCCCAUGUCUAGAACCUGGCUCCCUCCUCCCUGUCCCUUGCUGUGUCUGAACAAGCAGGGGUGACACCCGGCCCAGAACUAACAGCCGUGGAACUGUUCACUGAUGUGGAAGCAUCAAUGCCUCGGGUUGGCCAGCAGGACCGAGGCCGAGCGGCUCAUGUGUUGUCAGGGUUUGCUUCCAAAUUCUUAACAGACCAGCAUUUCCCAUCUCCCAAGGGCUCCAGUUCUGAGGCCUCCCAUCCUGCAGCCUGUGCCCAGGUAGGUAGCUGUUACUCGCAGGCCUGGGCCCAUGGAUGUCAGCGUUGCCAUGUGUGAGUGAGGGGGCUGGGAUUGGCUUCCCUGCUUCUUGCAAAUGCCAGUGAUUUUCCCCCGUCACAUCCUGGUAUGUCUGCUCCUUUGUCAAACCAAUGUCCUUGGGGAUCCAAAAUUGGGCUAGAAGCAUUCAGACCAGCCUGUGGGUUCAGCUCCUUCACUUCUGGCUUGAGCCGCCUGCUCCAAGAAGGUUGUUAGCUCGCUCUGUAGCUCCGUAGCUUUAUUACAUGUGCUGAGCUCAUUGCAGAGGAAAGAGGGCCUUAGCCGAAGCAAGCAGAGCAGUGGUGCACAUGGCUGAGCGAGGCCUGUAUUUAGGACAAUGCCCUGCUGCAGUGAAGUGUUGUGAACACUUCCUAGUUGGGGAACAAAAACUCUUUCUGUGGAGGGUGAUAAGGGAUGAAGAAUAAUAAGCUAUAUAAAGAAGUAUUAAUUUAUUGGGAAAAAAAGAUUUAAGACAGAUAUUUUCCCCCAGAAAUUAAAAAAAAAGAAUAAACUUUAACAAAUAUAUAUUUAAAAUAUUAAAAAUAGUAUCACUUAUAUAAUAAAAGUUUUUAAAAAAUCAAGAGAACUGGAUUUUAGCUUGAGAAAAUCUAUUAGAUUACAAUAAACUAUGUCUUUGUGGCAAGAUCAUAUUAAGAGUAGCACAAGCAUAAGAUACCUUUUAUCUCGUUAGAAGGUCUGUGCAAACAGCUUUCGGUUUGUUUUUCUGUUGGAAUUCAGUGUUCUUCCUUUAUUUGUACACAGUUUAAGAAACUCAAAGGAUGUGCCUUGUUUCAUGAAGGUUUUUGUUAACUAUGAUCUGGAGGUUGUUUUAUUUUUCUUAGGUGUCUUCAGGAUUUUUUCUUUUUUGUGUGUGAGUGUGUGUGUGUGUGUGUGUGCGUGCGUAUUCUCGAGAAUACACAGUUGUAUAUUCAUGUAUAAACAGGAUUUGGAGUCUGGUUUAUCGCUUGAAUUCUGCUGAAUACAUUUUGCUUGUGGUUUCAAAACAAUGUGUUGAUGUAAUUUUUUUUCUGAGAAGUGCAAACUGCUCUCUCUCUCUCUCUCCCCCAUUGUGUUUGCUGAUCCAGAUGUGUUUGGCACAACUUUGAAAUUUCUUUUAAAAAAAAGCCUAGAACUAUCUGUUGUAAAGAAAAAAAAUGUAUCUUAAAAAAAAAAUCCAUAAAGUUCUACAUGAUGGAUAUAUACAUAUAUAUAUAUAUAUUUUUUAUGAUUAAGUUAUGGACUCUGUAUUGUAUUCCCAUUCUGUCAAAGCUAUGCAUCUUGGUGCUUUUCCCUGCUCUUCUGUGCUUCGGUUCCACCUAUAUUAUUAUGACUAUUCUGAAUAUUAAAUGGCUCGUUAUGCUUUGAAGACGUUUGCUCCUAUAAAAAGUCUGGCAACAAAUACUUAAAGGAAAAACAAAACAAAAAUCCUUUAUCAACCUUAAUUGUAAAAGAGACAAAUGUUAUUUUUAGUGUUGGGAAUUAACUCCAACCAAAAAAAUUCCAUGGUACAAACCAUUCCUAAAGCACCAGGUUGUACAGUGUGUGUAUAUGUCCUUCUGGUCCCCUGCGAUGGACUGACUCAUACUGUAAUUUUUUGUCAGGCAUGUGGCAGUGGUAUGCUUGACUGACUGCAUUUACUGCCAUCGGCUCUCAAUAAAUGUCUGAAAACUCAAGGUGGGUGCCCCUCUUGUUUCGCUAGGCCUGGCUGCUGUCACUAAUGGGGGUGUGUGGCCAGACAGGUCCUGGGUGUUCUGCUACAACCCUGGCAGAAGUGACUGGCGUGGAGGAGCAGGUGUUCCUAACCCUCCCAGGAGCAUAGG